AGUCCUAAGUCCAGAUUUCCCAGAAUGCUUAGAGAGUCAGAGGGAGGAUGAGGAGGUGUUGGACGGUGAGGAUGAAGAGCAGAGGAGGAGCAGCAGAGAGGCAUUUCUGAAGAUCACACUGAUCUUCCUCAGGAGAAUGAAGCAGGAAGAGCUGGCUGACUGUCUGCAUAACAGAACUGUUGUUCCAGUGUGCCGUCGUAACCUUCAGUCUAACCACCAGAAGAAGUUCCAGUGUGUGUUUGAGGGGAUCUCUAAAGCAGGAAACCCAACCCUUCUGAAUCAGAUCUACACAGAGCUCUACAUCACAGAGGGAGGGACUGCAGAGGUCAAUGAUGAACAUGAGGUCAGACAGAUUGAAACAACAUCCAGGAAACCAGACAGACUAGAAACAACUAUCAGACAAGAAGACAUCUUUAAAGCCUCACCUGGAAGAGAUGAACCAAUCAGAACAGUGCUGACAAAGGGAGUGGCUGGUAUUGGGAAAACAGUCUUAACUCAGAAGUUCACUCUGGACUGGGCUGAAGACAAAACCAACCAGGACAUCCACUUCACAUUUCCAUUCACUUUCAGAGAGCUGAAUGUGCUGAAAGAGAAAAAGUUCAGCUUGGUGGAACUUGUUCAUCGCUUCUUUCCUGAUAUCAAAGAAGCAGGGAUCUGCAGGUUUGGAGAGUUCCACGUUGUGUUGAUCUUUGACGGUCUGGAUGAGUGUCGACUUCCUCUGGACUUCCACAACACUGAGAUCCUGACUGAUGUCACAGAGUCCACCUCAGUGGAUGUGCUGCUGACAAACCUCAUCAGGGGGAAUCUGCUUCCCUCUGCUCGCCUCUGGAUAACCACACGACCUGCAGCAGCCAAUCAGAUCCCUCCUGGCUAUGUUGACAUGGUGACAGAGGUCAGAGGGUUCACUGACCCUCAGAAGGAGGAGUACUUCAGGAAGAGAUUCAGAGAUGAGGAGCAGGCCGGCAGAAUCAUCUCCCACAUCAAGACCUCACGAAGCCUCCACAUCAUGUGCCACAUCCCAGUCUUCUGCUGGAUCUCUGCUACAGUUCUGGAUCUGAUGGAAACCAAAGAGGGAGGAGAGCUGCCCAAGACCCUGACUGAGAUGUACAUCCACUUCCUGGUGGUUCAGUCCAAAGUGAAGAGCAUCAAGUACGACGGAGGAGCUGAGAUAGAUCCACACUGGAGUCCAGAGAGCAGGAAGAUGAUUGAGUCUCUGGGAAAACUGGCUUUUGAUCAGCUGCAGAAAGGAAACCUGAUCUUCUAUGACUCAGACCUGACAGAUUGUGCCAUCGAUAUCACAGCAGCCUCAGUGUACUCAGGAGUGUUCACACAGGUCUUUAGAGAGGAGAGAGGACUGUACCAGAACAGGGUCUUCUGCUUCGUCCAUCUGAGUGUUCAGGAGUUUCUGGCUGCUCUUCAUGUUCAUCUGACCUUCAUCAAGUCUGGACUCAAUCUGAUGGCAGAAGAACAAACAACCGCCCGACAGCCAAAAUUCUUCAGAGAGAAACCUAAACUAAAACAUCUCUACCAGAGUGCUGUGGACAAGGCCUUACAGAGUCCAAAUGGACACCUGGACUUGUUCCUCCGCUUCCUCCUGGGUCUUUCUCUGGAGACCAAUCAGUCUCUCCUCACAGGUCUGCUGACACAGACAGGAAGUAGGUCAAAGACCAAUCAGAAAACAGUCAAGUACAUCAAGAAGAAGAUCAGUGAGGGUCUGUCUGCAGAGAGAAGCAUCAACCUGUUCCACUGUCUGAAUGAACUGAAUGAUCGUUCUCUAGUGGUGGAAAUCCAACAGUCUCUGAGAUCAGGAAGUCUCUCCACAGAUAAACUGUCUCCUGCUCAGUGGUCAGCUCUAGUCUUCAUCUUACUGUCAUCAGAAACAGAUCUGGACUUGUUUGACCUGAAGAAAUACUCUGCUUCAGAGAAGGCUCUUCUGAGGCUGCUGCCAGUGGUCAAAGCCUCCAACAAAGCUCUGUUGAGUGGCUGUAACCUCUCAGAGGAAAGCUGUGAAGCUCUGUCCUCAGUCCUCAGCUCCCAGUCCUCUAGUCUGAGAGACCUGGACCUGAGUAACAACAACCUGGAGGAUUCAGGAGUGGAGCAGCUGUCUGUUGGACUGAAGAGUCCAAACUGUACACUGGAAACACUCAGGGUAACAGGCUGUAACCUCUCAGGGAGAAGCUGUGAAGCUCUGUCCUCAGUCCUCAGCUCCCAGUCCUCUAGUCUGAGAGACCUGGACCUGAGUAACAACGACCUGGAGGAUUCAGGAGUGAAGCAGCUGACUGUUGGACUGAAGAGUCCAUUAUGUGAACUGAAAACUCUCAGUCUAUCGGGCUGUCUGAUCUCAGAGGAAGGCUGUUCUUCUCUGGCCUCAGCUCUGAGCUCCAACCCCUCCCAUCUGAGAGAGUUGGACCUGAGCUACAAUCAUCCAGGAGACUCAGGAGUGAACCAGCUGUCUGCUCUACGAGAGGAUCCACAUUACAGACUGGAGACUCUCAGGGUGGACCAUGGUGGAGAGAAGUGGUUAACACCGGGUCCGUGGAGGUAUUUCUGUCAACUCACACUGGACACAAACACAGUAAACAGAGAGCUCGAACUGUCUGAGAACAACAGGAAGGUGACAUGUGUUGAAGAGGAUCAGUCAUAUCCUGAUCAUCCAGAGAGAUUUGACUACUGGCUUCAGCUGCUGUGUAGAGAUGGUCUGACUGGUCGCUGUUACUGGGAGGUCGAGAGGAGAGGAAGAGUUAAUGUAGCAGUGAGUUACAGAGGAAUCAGACGGAAAGGAGGCAGUAAGGACUGUUUGUUUGGAUCUAAUGAUCAGUCCUGGAGUCUGAGGUGCUCUGAUGAUGGUUACGAUGUCUGGCACAAUGACAUUAAAACACGCCUCUCCUCCUCCUCCUCCUCCUCCUCCUCCUCUGGUAGAAUAGGAGUGUAUGUGGACUGUCCUGCUGGCUCUCUGUCCUUCUACAGAGUCUCCUCUGACUCUCUGAUCCACCUCCACACCUUCAACACCACAUUCACUGAACCUCUUUAUCCUGGGUUUGGGUUCUCCCCUGGUUCCUCAGUGUCUCUGUGUCCUCUGUAGGACAGAGACAACUUCCUGUCCUGUGGUUUAAAUGUUGGACAUGGCUUCACUUUGGCUAAUGAAUAAUUCACUGAUUGUUCCUUUAAUAUCAGACAUUUUAUUGUCCAGGAAAAUGUUGAAACGAUCUCCUGAACUUGUUGUGUACAAACUGUGUUGAACAUUUGUUUUUAUGAAUCUAUUUCAGUUUUUAAGACACUGAAUGUUAAAACUGUGUGUUUGAGAUGUCUGACCUGCUGGUGAACUCUGAGUUGGACUUUGAGUUGGACAUUUUUAGAUAAAGGAGUUUGGGUCUG